AGAGCAGCAGAGAACUGCACUGGUGAGUUCGCAGGAGUCGACGAUCUCGGGAAGGGAGAGAAGCGACUGAAGCCUCCCGAAUUCGGUAGAAGAAGUCUGGGGAAGGAAGGAAUUAGGGUAUUUUGGGGAGAUGUCGGAUCUAGAUAGGCAGAUUGAGCAGCUGAAGAGGUGCGAGCCGUUGAAGGAGUCGGAAGUGAAGGCUCUGUGCUUGAAAGCUAUGGAAAUCCUCGUCGAAGAGAGUAAUGUUCAGCGCGUGGAUGCCCCUGUCACUAUAUGCGGAGAUAUCCAUGGGCAGUUUUAUGACAUGAAGGAGCUUUUCAAAGUAGGAGGAGAUUGCCCAAAAACUAAUUACUUAUUUCUUGGAGAUUUUGUUGACAGAGGAUUCUACUCUGUUGAAACAUUUUUGCUUCUGCUUGCCCUUAAGGUUCGAUAUCCAGAUCGAAUCACGCUCGUCAGAGGAAAUCAUGAGAGCCGUCAGAUAACACAGGUGUACGGUUUUUAUGAUGAGUGUCUAAGGAAAUACGGUUCUGUAAAUGUAUGGAGAUACUGCACGGAUAUCUUUGAUUACAUCAGUUUGUCAGCGCUCAUUGAGAACAAAAUUUUCAGUGUCCACGGAGGUCUCUCUCCUGCAAUAUCAACCUUGGAUCAGAUCCGAACCAUUGACAGAAAACAGGAAGUCCCUCAUGAUGGUGCCAUGUGUGAUCUCCUUUGGUCAGAUCCUGAAGAUAUUGUUGAAGGUUGGGGUUUGAGCCCGCGUGGUGCAGGUUUUCUGUUUGGUGGCAGCGUGGUUAGUUCUUUCAACCACUCAAAUAAUAUCGAUUACAUUUGCCGCGCUCACCAGUUGGUGAUGGAAGGAUACAAAUGGAUGUUCAACAACCAAAUAGUUACUGUUUGGUCGGCUCCAAACUACUGUUACAGAUGUGGUAAUGUGGCUGCAAUCCUGGAGCUGGAUGAGAACCUCAACAAACAAUUUCGCGUGUUUGAAGCUGCCCCUCAGGAGUCAAGAGGAGCACCUGCCAAGAGGCCAGCACCUGAUUACUUUUUGUGACAUCAGUGACGGUGGAAGAAGGCAUGACCUCCCUUGUCAUCUUAUUCCAAAUGAACUGGCAUAUGACGAACAUGGAAUUUUUUCACGACGACUUCAUCGACAUGGUACCCCGGCUGUUGUCAUUCGCUGAUGGUACCAAACAGGCUCGACAGUAUAUGCAUUCAUCGCCGAGGGUUGGAUCAGCUGGUUGUGUUAAGGUUUCCCCCUUGGUUCCUUUUUCGUCUGUGUAACUGUGGGUGUCUAUGUGAGUGAGUGAGUGAGUGAGUGAGUGAGUGAGUGAGCGAGCGAGUGAAAUUGGCAUAGCAUUUCAGGGUGCCGAUUUUAAGAAGGAUGGGUCUGUAACAAAUUACAAGAGAUUAGCGUUUUUCCCCUUCUCCUCUCCUUUUUGGUCUCCUCUUCUGGCUUUUGUUCAUUUUUUGUGAUGGAAGAAUUCAGCGCCAGGCGAAGCGAGAAAUGUGCAAGGAAAAGAAUGUCAUCUGCCUUUUUUUUCUGCUUUCAGUUUCUGUAGCCAGUUUUUCCCCCUCUAAAUUCUCAUCAUACCACUAACGCGGGGCUCGGCUUCUUGGCGGAAGAGGUUAGUAGUUGUGUACAAU